CAGAAGGCACGUCAACGAAAUAUUUGGACCGUACCAACUCACCAGAUCGAUUACAGCUUAUCCCACAUGAUGCAUUUUCUGAGGACUGCCCCGGUGCUGGCGGCUCUUGCUGCAACCGUUUCCUCGGCCCCUUCAGGGGCGGGUCCCAUCCCAGGGAAUCUAUCCUUCUACACUCCUUCAUGGCCGGACUGGGAUCAGUAUGUGACUCGAUGGUCGGCCUACGAAGCGCCCACUUUCUCUCUCGCAUUCUUGCCCAACUCUGAAGAAGAGCUGUCUCAAGGCAUAGCGUACCUAGCGAGAAGAAAGAUGACGUAUCUGGCAAAAGGAGGCGGCCAUGGUUACAGCACUACGCUCGGAGUGGACCAGGAUGUUGUCCAGGUUAACAUGGAGAACUUUCGAAACGUCACUGUCCAUCCCGACAAUACCGUCACUGUUGGAGGUGGUGCCAGGAUGCUCGACGUUGUAACUGCCUUGUAUAAUGCGGGCAGAGAAGUUACUGUUGGAUCCUACCCCUGUGUUGGUGCUACCGGUGCCAUGUUAGGUGGUGGGUUAGGCCGACUCCAAGGCCUGCACGGACUGAUGAUCGACUCCCUGGAGCAUGCCAGAAUUGCUCUGUGGAACGGCACCAUCAUUGAGGCCUCAGAAAAAGUCAACUCGGACUUAUUCUGGGGGCUGCGCGGGGCCGGCCAUAACUUCGGUGUCGUCACCGAGUCUACGUAUAGGACGUAUCCUGGACAAGACAAUCGCCACUACUAUGCCGACAUGGUAUUCACCAGCGACUCGCUCGAGGGCGUGCUCAACGUUUACAAGGGCCUCAUCGAGGAAGGCUUAGACGCGGCCGCGUCCCUUGCGCUGUCUUACCUAUACGACGCCCAAUCUAUGAGUCCCCUCAUCAACAUGAACGUCGUCUACGCGCACAACGAGCAGAACGGCCGCGCCCUGUCUGCCAACUUCGCGUCGACCACAGGAAACGCCACGCACCCCAUCACGCGCGUGUCGCUGGACGAGUCGUACAUAACCUUCGCGGAGGUGCCCACGCGGGGGUCUAGCGACAUCAUCUGCCAGCGCGGGCACAACCAGGACAUCCACCCGGUGACGGCGCGCGAGUUUUUCGACAUCGGCGCGAUGGUGGACCUGUACGCGUCGUUCGGGUCCUUCGUCCGGGAGCACCCGGCUGCCAACGGCUCCGUGCUGCUAUUCGAGGCCGCCAACCCCCAGACCGUCGACGCCGUCCCCGACGCGGCUACCGCCUUCCCUCUCCGUGGCCGCUAUAUCCUCUCCAGCGUCAUGUCCAUGACCUGGGACGGUGACGACGAGACCGAGGCCAUCAAUGCCUGGGCCACCGCGGCUCGAGACACCCUCGCUAAGCCUGAGGUGUCCGGCAGCGAUAGGCUUUACAUCUACAUGAACUAUGCGAACGGCGACGAGUCGCUCUCCGCCCGUUACGGAUACGACAAGUGGCGCCACGAGCGGUUGACUGGGCUCAAGCAGCGCUAUGACCCCCACGGCUUUUUCAACGCCUACCACGCCAUCCCGCUUAAGAUGAGCGGUUGGAAUUAGCAAAGGCAUCCGGUCAUGGAAAGGCGACGAAGGGAGUGGAAGUAGGGGUGGAGUGUUUAGACUGCCGGAAUCGAUUGUACAACUGUUCGUUUCUGUGGUAGUAUCACUACUACUGAUUUGUAUUACUCGGCGAAUGAUUCAGGCUCUUAGCAAUAAGCAGCCUCUGUUUUGAUUAUCAUAGACCUGUUUUUAUUGUAUCAUAGCUACUACCUAAAUAAACACAAUUAGAA